AUGACUCUCUCUGUUACCAACUUUGAUGCAACCAACUCCACCAAUAUUGUUCAAUUCAACCCGGUUACCCAAUUUCCGAUUAAAAUUGCUGGCAGCCAUAAUUUUUCUCUCUGGAAGGUACAAGUAUCCAUGCUCAUGAGAGGACACAAUCUUUACGGACAUCUAGAUGGGACUAUCCCUACUCCUGCCGUGACCACCACCACAACUAACCAGACAAUUAACAACCCCGAUUACGUUAAUUGGUUUCGUCAGGACCAAUUGAUCCAGAAUGCAAUUUUAGCAUCCAUAGAUGCAACUCUUGCUGCCACUGCAACCACUGCCAAAGCAGCCUGGGAUUCCCUCCAUACUGCUUAUGCCAAUAAGUCACAAACUCGCAUUUUCAGCUUGCGAGAUCGCCUAGCUCGUCUUACAAAAGAGAGUCUUCUAGUGAUGGACUAUCUCAACCAAGUUCGAUCUCUCUGUGAUGAGUUUUCCACUGCAGGAGCUCCUGUCACAAACGACGAACUCAUUGUCAAGAUUCUCACUGGUCUUGGACCAAAAUAUCGAGAAAUCUCAGCAGCAAUUGUCACCCCAAUUUCAUAUGCCGAACUGUUUGAAAAGCUUAUUGAUCAUGAGCUUUUCCUCAAACACAAUGCUUCACCUCGCUCCACCACAAUUAUUGUUGCGGUUGCUCAGAAAUCCAUCUCAAAUAAGGACCAACGUUACCAACAACAACGUUUUCAGCCAGGGCGUAAUCGUCGCCCCAAUCCGCAAGAAGUCAGCUUAGUGUGUCAGUUAUGUGACCGACCUGGACACUCUGCUCGCCUUUGUCGCUCUCAGUCUCACAAUCAUUUUCAGGCUCAGGCCAACUUUGCUAAACAAAAAAAGCAGCAAUUAACCUCAUGGAUAGUUGAUUCAGGGGCUACACACUAUGUUGCAUCGGAUACCCAAAGUCUCACCAACAUAACUGACUACAAUGAGUUGGAAGAAAUCACUAUAGGAAAUGGUAACACCAUACCAAUUUCUCACACUGGAUCUGAGUACAGAGGCGCCGCUAGUUCAAGGGCGGAGUAGAGGACGCCUUUAUGAGUGGCCGCUAGAAAAUGCUUCUUCUUCUCAACCACAAUGCAAUGUGGUUGUGUCUUUAGAUCUGUGGCAUCGACACUUGGGGCAUCCACCACGCCGUACUCUAGAUAUAUUUUUGAAUAAAUUUUCCAUUCCUGUUAAGAAAGGCUCUCUUUCUAUUUGUAAUUCAUGCCAAUCAAAUA